UGGUUUGGACUUUCCUAUGGAAAUUUAAUAAUUAUUAUGUAUUUGUGCAAGUGUUUUUGGAAUGUACAAACGCAAACAGAAUUUAAAUUCACACCGAGCUGGUGUGAAGAGUUUUGGAAUAAGCUAAAUCGGAAUAUAACGAAAAAAUCUGGAGGAAGUCUAUCAAGUUGACAGUUGCACGGCUGAAUAAGUCUCGUACAGCUGGCUGGCGAACGCUUUGUUUACAUUUUGCGGUUUCGCAAUUUCUGCAAGGACUUGGGUUCGACGAUUUGUUCUGUUGUUCGCUAUUUUCUCUGAUUUCAGAAUUGAUUAAAACAGUUUUUGUUUUAAUUGCAACGAAAAAAAGUGAAAAACGUCGAGUUUUUGGGUUGCGAUUUUGGUUGUGUUGCUGGCUGCCUUCGGUGCUAUCCACUGGUCAACAGACAAGGAAGUGGAAGAGAACGUUAAUGGAAUAAUGGCUGAUCAGUUUAAGAAAUUCAGAAUAUUCAUCAGCACAUGGAACGUAGGGGAAGCUGAUCCAUUGGAUGAGAAAGAAUUUGAAAAAUUAUUGAAAUCAGAUGUUGAAGUUGAUUUCUAUGCCAUCGGGUUUCAAGAAAUCAAAACUGGGGCGAAAGAGACUGCGAAGAGUUUCAUCAAAUACGAUGACUGGGCUCAAGCUGUCAUGGAAUUUCUGUCAAAGAAAGUUUCUAUUUGAUUGAAAGUGUGAGAGUCCAAGGGAUUUCACUUAGUGUAUUGCAUCAAUCAAGCAUCUGCCGUAUGUUCAAUUUGUCAAGACAGAAAUUGAAAGAACAGGAGUUGCUGGUGCAUGGGGAAACAAAGGGGGGAGUCGCGGUUUCAUGUAACAUCUACGGACAGAAAGUUUGUUUUUUGAACGUUCAUUUAUCAGCUCAUUUGAAUAAUGAUGAUGCAAGGAUUGAUGACAUCAAUGAGAUCAUGAAGGAAAUGGAAUUUGGAGGAAACGCCACUGUGCAAAGCCAUGAUCUGAUUCUCAUGUUUGGUGACAUGAAUUUCCGGAUUGAUCAUUUUAGCCGAGAGGAAAUCUUGAACCAUGUAGCUGAGAAGAACUAUUCUGUCUUGUGGGAUAAAGAUCAGUUGAAAAAGCAUAAGAAGGUUCACGACUUAUUAGCGGAAUUUGAAGAGGGAACACUGGACUUUGAUCCUACAUAUAAGUAUGAUCCAGGAACCGAUACAUAUGACACCAGUGAGAAGAAGAGAAAGCCGGCCUGGACAGACAGGAUAUUGUGGAGGGUACACCCUGAAAUCAGGACUUCAGCUCCACCAUUUACGAUUUCCUUGAUCGAUGAAUCAUUCAAGAAUCACAAAACUUUUCAACAAAGUGAUCAUAAACCUGUUACUGGAGAAUUUGAAUUCAAGAUCGUUGAUAUCCCUUUCCUUGAACCCUUGCUCAGGAUAGAGCAGCAAGGUGAUUGGAUGACAGACAGGAACGGGGAAUACACUGUUGAACUUUAUGGAGGAAUGAGAUGGAAUAGCAAAGACUAUGUCGGACUUUAUAAGCACCCUCUCCAAGAUUUCCGAUCCUACCAAACCUACAUGUAUCUGCCUGAUCUACGGAAACGAAACAGUAGCAGCAGUAGCAGUUCUAGUGAUGAUGAGCAACUGGUUCAAAGGUCACCACAAGAUGUCAGCACUGAGACAAACGACAGGGUCAAACAUUUGACCUUCAAAAAGUCACAGAUCACAGAGCGCGGAAUGUUCGUUCUUGGGUACUUUAGUUAUAAUAUGCAAUGUUUGGUUGCCGUCACGAAACCGUUCCAAGUUCGGUGAACCAUGAAUUUUUACUUUUUCAUGCUUGAUCAGGUAUAAACCGAAGAAAUUUUUUUAUUCAACGCAUUCAGAAGAUUCAUAAAUGCUAAUUUCUAUGCAGUAGAGGCUCUCUCAAGUUUUUCAUUUCAGUCUUGUAUGGCUUCCCGAUAAUUUCACAAGAUGGCGCUUAUCUAGUUCGGGAGUCAGUUACGACUGGACUCCUCGCUGUCAUGUGGGAUUCACAUGGCCGCUGGUCUGUUACAGCUUUCUACACCUUUAGGUUUGUGCAUCUGAAACAAAUAAUUUGAUAAAUACUUGAUAUUCUGUUUCUCCAUGUUACUACUGGAUAGUCCCAGCUUUCUCCAUCAUUAAGUCCAUGCAUCUGGAACAAAUAAUUGGAUGGCAACUCCGAAAAUAGUAGCCCUUAAGGGUUAGAUAUCAGGUGCUGUUUUUAUAGGGCCUUUUUUGAAGCAAAAUUCACGAAUAAGCACGUGAAAGUUUAAUUUUUUUUUUAUUGAGUUAUGUAGAAAAUAUAUAAUGAGGGAUAUAUAGUUUAUCCCAUCCUUUUUUCUUUGUAUUAAAUUCUUGCAAAGUAGCUAUUUUUUGUUGUGCAACAUUGUUGCAAUUGUUUUUAAUUUGAAAGAAAAUUUUUUACUCGCUUCAAGAAGUAACACGACAUAGUUCGAUCUUUUAUGUUUUUAUGUCCAAGAAAUUUUGCGGGGAGUCCGGAAAUUUACAUCUUAAUCCAAAUUUUGAUUCCUGGUCGAUGAAAUGAUCGAACCUGGUUUUGUUUGAGAAAACUAAUAUUUAACCACAAAAACUCUGCGAAUUCAAGAAAUGCAUAUUGUAAUGUUGAAAUAUCGUAAAUUUAAGGAUGGAAAUCCCUUUUUACUCUUUGAUGAGUUUGAAAAACGACUCCUUCUUCAAUAUAUUAAAUCAGGGCUUCCCAAACUUUCAAGUUCGGGACCCCUUCCAAUAUAUUACUGGUAAGACCCUGGUUCACGUUUAAAAUGCUAAACAGUUUGAUGCAAACGCGCCGUUUCUUGGGUCUCUCAAUCAAAGUGGGCACUGUUAUACAUGGCACCACUUCUCUGUGAUUCUAUGUAUUUAUGUUUUGCAUCAGGUUUAAUAUUUGUGUUUCGAAUCAAAAGUAUAAAAAAGUACUGAAGAUAUAGUUCUUUGUGUGAAAUUGGUGUAAUCUUUGCGACUCCUAAAAUACAUGUGCCCACUCCCUCAGUUUGGAAAGUUCUGUAUUUAAUCAUGCUAUUUAACCUUGAUACAUAAUCCAGUGUGAAACAACAAUAAAAAAUGGAAACUGCAGCCUAUGUUACUACUAUACUCAGUUGCAAUUAAAAGUUUUAUAUUUUAAUGCUUCAUAUAUAUUUUGCUUUAUGAAUAUAGAUUUGAAUAUUUAUGCGAAAGCCAUUUUAAUUAAUUUAAAGAUAAUUGCAUAAUUAAAGAACACUGUCGAACAAUUGAACAUUAUUCAAAUUGAAAUGUUGGUUUGCCCUUGAAGCAGAUUACAUACUCAAAGCUUCUCUUGUGAGGUUCCUAUGAAUUGGGUACUCCAGAAGUAUGUGGACCAAGAAUGCGGACACCGGAACGUAGUACGUGUACUAGGUUAGGGUUAGACCAUAAUUUCAGGUACAAAUACUACAGAAGUCACUUGGUUAG